AUGGCCCCAUUCAGAGUUCUUCUUAGCCCUAAAUCAAAAUUUUAUUGGUCGGACGAACUUAACACUUUAUUCCACGUGUCAAAGGAAAAAACCAUCAACGCAAUUAAAGAUGGAGUCCAAAUAUUUGACAUUACCAAAAAGACCUGUUUAAGAUGUAGCUGGUCAAAAUUGGGGAUAGGAUAUUACCAAAGUCAAAAACAUUGUGAAUGUAAAUUGGACUCCCCAGAUUGCUGUAUAGACGGAUGGAAAAUAACCCUAGCAGGGUCCAGAUUCCUGUCAUCUGCUGAACAACGAUAUGCACCAGUUGAGGGCGAAAUGCUAGGAGUGGCAUGGAGCCUGGAGCAGACGAAAUAUUUCAUACAAGGUUGUGAUAACCUUAUGGUAGUAACUGAUCAUAAACCACUUGUCAAAUUAUUAGGAGAUAGGACCUUAGAUAAAAUCGCCAACACACGACUUUUCCGACUAAAACAAAGAACUUUGCCAUGGAAAUUUACCAUCCAACAUCAACCAGGAAAAACAAACCUGGCAGCAGAUGCUACUUCUCGUUAUCCUACAGAGAACACAAAGGAAUCUGAUAAUUCAGCCACUUGCAAUCAAAAUACCGAUUUUGACAACACAGAAUCACUAAUAAUAGCCUCGAUACAAAACGACAUAGAUAAAAUGAUUGCAGUAACAUGGGAUAGUGUCAAAGCAGAGACAGAAAAGGAUACCGAUUUUAAAGUAUUAAUGUUAGCAAUAGAAAACGGUUUCCCAAAAAAUAAGAAUAACUUCAUACCAAAUUUUUUACCGUUCUGGGAAUACCGCAAUGAUUUGAUGGUGUUCGACGGGGUUAUAAUAUACAACGACAGAAUUGUAAUCCCACCUACUCUACGGAAAGAGAUAUUGGACGUACUACACUCAGCCCACUAA